CCAUCGAUAUUGAUUUAACCUCAAAAAUGGAUCAAUUGCAUUUGUUUAUGUCUAAUUUAAGAAUUUAGGUGCUUCAAAAAAGUUUAAGGACGUUAUUUUACGUUCCCAAAUGUUACCAUCAGUCUUCAGCUAUGUUUGAAUAAAAAAAUGGGUUUCCAGAAGUCUGCACGGGUUAAAAUAUGCAAAGAAUUUGUAACCAGAGUCUUGUAACUUGCUGUCAGUGAGGCAUUUUCACCGUACAAAAUUUCUCGGAGAAGAAGUCGCCAUGGAAUUUCAGCUCUUGUUGUGGGACACAGGUUGACUACAUUCUUUCUGGGAGCGAUUGUCGGCUGUUUCUUACUCUACUGUGUUCUCUUCAACUGGUAUGGCAUGCAGAAGAAUACUGAGACGCUUGGCUUGGCCAAUCGGGAAGCGAGACUGGCCCAACGCGUCCGAGAAAUGGAGGAGCAAAACCAAAUGCUCCGAAAACAGCUGACCGUUUCGCAGAGCUAUCUGGUGACGGCAGGACGAAGCACUAACAACCUGUCUGUGCCUCCCAACGGACAACCACUGGUGGCUACCACUCCGUCCUGUCCCAGUGUACAGGAAGCAGAGGUGCCGAAAUGUGAGGUGAUCCAUGUGGCAAUAGUGUGCGCUGGCUACAACUCUAGUCGGUCUGUGGUAACCUUGAUCAAGUCGAUACUGUUUUAUCGGCGCAAUCCGCUCCAUUUCCACCUCAUCGCUGACUCUGUGGCGCAGGUCAUUCUGCAGACACUGUUCAACUCAUGGAGUGUACCACAAGUGGAAAUGAGCUUCUACCUGGCAGACAACGUGGUGGGAGAUGUGUCAUGGAUUCCUAACAAGCACUACUCGGGUGUAUAUGGGUUGAUGAAGCUGACUCUGCCCAAGGUUCUGCCGCAGUCGCUGCGUCGUGUCAUCGUGCUCGACACCGACGUCACAUUCGCCACAGACAUUGCUGAACUCUGGAAGCUGUUUUCCAAGCUGCAACAGAAACAGGUGAUUCUAAACUUGGUUCUCUAUAAUUGUUGUGUUGACACCACUGUCAUUGAAAAGGCGGGAAUGUUGUACGUCGACAGGUCUAUUCAUGCCAUUUCAGUAGCCAGAAUUAACUUUCUUGAAUUUGUGUUUAGGUACAACACAGGCGUGAUCCUGCUAGAGUUGGCACGCUUGCGUGACCUUGGCUGGGGUCAGCUGUGGAGGCUGAUAGCUGAGAAGGACCUGAUGACUCACUAUACGACCAGUCUGGCUGAUCAGGACAUAUUCAACGCCAUCAUAAAGCAACAUCCCUAUCUAGUUGUCAAUCUGCCUUGUCAAUGGAAUGUACAGCUUAGUGACAACACGAGGAGCGAGUUAUGCUACACCGAGGUCACCGAUCUCAAGGUCAUCCACUGGAAUUCACCAAAGAAGCUGAAAGUGAAGAAUAAGCAUGUCGAGUUCUUUCGAAAUCUUUAUCUGACUUUUCUGGAGUAUGACGGAAAUCUACUCAGACGAGAACUGUUUGGAUGCAAUAAUACUCGAACAACAUUGAAGGAUCGUGAGCUCAGCAAGUUGAACGAAGAAGACCCGUGCUACGACUUCCGACGGGCGCGAGUGAACACCUUCAGAACGCACCUCUAUUUUCUGGAGUACGAGGUGGAACCCUCACAGGACGGCAAUGACGUCACUCUAGUCGCUCAACUCUCUAUGGAUCGGCUGCAGAUGGUCGAAAUGUUAUCCAAGCAUUGGGAAGGUCCGAUAAGCCUCACACUAUACAUGUCUGACGCUGAGGCGCAACAAUUUCUCAGCUAUGCUCUGAGCUCAGAACUGUUGAGAAACCGGAAAAAUAUUGGGUAUCAUGUCGUCUACAAAGAAGGUAGCUUUUAUCCGAUAAAUUUCUUGAGGAACGUGGCCCUGCAACAAGUGAACACACCCUACGUCUUCCUCACUGAUAUCGACUUUUUGCCAAUGUUUGAUCUCUAUUCCUACCUCAAAAAAUCUAUACAGCUGCUCGACCUGGAGUCCUCGAAAAAGGUGUUGGUAGUUCCCGCAUUCGAAACGCAGCGCUACCGCACAUCGUUCCCGCACAGCAAGGCGGAACUGCUGCGAAUGCUGGAUAUGGGGACACUGUUCACUUUCCGCUACCAUGUAUGGACCAAGGGGCAUGCCCCCACCAACUAUGCCAAGUGGCGGUCGGCAACCACGCCUUAUCGGGUGCUAUGGGAACCGGACUACGAGCCCUACAUAGUAGUGCGGAAAGACAUUCCCGAAUACGACACGCGAUUCGUGGGCUUCGGCUGGAACAAAGUGUCGCAGGUGAUGGAGCUGGAGGCACAGGGAUACGACUUUGUCGUGCUGCCCAAUGCCUUCAUAAUCCACAUGCCGCAUGCGCCCAGCUUCGAUAUUGCCAAGUUUCGCAGCUCCAACCAGUACCGCAAGUGCUUGAAAAUUUUGAAGAACGAAUUUGUGAAAGAUCUGAGUCGACGCUAUUCCAGAGAAUUUGAAACAGAGGAUAGUCGAUGAUAAUUUUAGCAAGAAUUCUUGUAGCUAAGUCAAUUUGUGUGAUUUUACCAGUUAGAUAAUGUUAUUUUUCCAACUUAAUUUAUUCACAACACACAGAAAAUAGUAGUUUCAACUACUUUUUUGUGCUAUUUAUUUUGUGAUUACACUAGGCCAUUUUUUCUGAAAGUCAAUUCAUGCAAUUUUACCAUUCAAUUAGUAUUAUUUUUUCAACUUUUUCUAUAAAACACAAAAAAUAGUGUAGAUAUUUAUUGUCAACUACUUGUAAACUUUGUUGUACUAUUUAUUUUGUGAUUACACUAGACCAUUUAUGAUGUGUUUAAUGUAGUAAUAGUUUAGUAGAAAUGUUAGAGCUGGUGCAAUUUAUGUGUUCAUUGAUGUAAUAAUAUUAAUAAAUGUUGAUAACAAAUGUGUUUUAUAACUAA